AUGUAUACUUUUAGAGAUGGAUUUUAUAUUACUGUUAUAUUAAGUAUAUCAUUUAUAGUACUAUUAAUUAAUACUGAGAUUAUGUGUGAUCAUUCAAUUAUUAAUAAUAGUCUCUAUUAUAUAACACUAGGAUGUUUAUUAUUUACUUUUUUAUGGCACUAUGUAAUCUAUAAAUACUCCCUUAUAGUUUCUUUAUUAAAUUUGGUGUGUAUGGUAACCUUAUGUACUAUGAUGAUACAACAGCGGAAUGUUGUAAAUUAUUAUACGGUAGAUGAAUCAGUUAUAAAUAAUAUAAUAAAUGAUUAUAAUUAUAUACUUAUAAAUGGUGUUAUUGUAUUUUUAUAUGAAUCUAAAUGCAAUACAAAUAACAGUAUUGUACAACUAUCAGAUAAUAGAUGUUAUAUUCUUAGGAAAGAUUUACUUAAUAAAAUUAAUAUAAAUUGUAAAAAAAGAACUGAUAAAAAAAUAAUAUUAGUACAUGAAGAUUUUAAUUCAGUGAAAUGUACUAGUAAAAAAGAAGUGAAAAAAUUUACUAAGAUGCUAAAUAGUAUUUAUUUCUCUAAAUUAGAACAUAACAUUAUAGUUAUAUUGAGAGUAUUUGAUAUAUUAAAUUUAACUGAAAAUGGUUUUAAAAGACCGUUACAGUAUUGGAAUGAUAAGGAAAACGUACCGCUUGGUGAUGCUAAUAAUAGUGACACAAAAAAAUAA